ACCAAUGUGAAGUGGGUGAUCCACCCCGGCUUUCCACACAGUAGACCAGAAGCCGAUGCUGGGAGAGGACACACCAGCUGAUGUGCAUGUGAUCCACUGGAGCUGCCGGAGCCGCCACCGCUGGGCUGGCUCCACACCGUGGCCUCUGUUGGGUAUUUAAAACGAGAAGUUGAGGAGAGGGGAAGGUCCUCCAAUUGUGUUAUUAUUGACCAGCGGAGGAAAAGAGGCGGGUCGAUAAGUAGAUCCGAUUUAUUAGCCUUGCAGACUGUACGCUAAAUGUAAUCGGAGCCAUUGCACGCAGCGCGCAGUUUCAUUUAGACGAGAGGAGCGCCAAAUAGCGCGCCUGCACGUGUAACAACAAUCAAAUAGAAGGUAAGGAAAAGCCUGUUGAUGUUACUUCGGUUUAAAGCUGGUUAAUCACUAAGGCAGGGUACACUGUUUAUCAGAGAUAACAUCAGAGAUUAAAUGAAGCAUCUUUUUGCCACUACAAUGACCUGCAUCUAUCAAACGACUAGUGAGUGAACGUGAAACCACUGUGUGAAAGAACCUAUGACAGCCUUACAAAUGUUGGCAUGACUUGUGUGACUGAGUGGCCUCUCCUUAGUCUAAUUCUGGCACGAAGGGAGGGGGUUGUUGCACGGCUGGAAUUACAGCGGUGCUGCAUCUGCUGCAGUGUGGAGCUUCAACAACUUUAUAGUGCUAAAAUGAGAGAGAGUGUGUGUGACUGAAGUGAUGAAAUGGUGACACCUUCAAGGGGGAGUUAGGAAAAGUGACAGCUGCCACUGUCUGGCAAAAAAUAGUGCACGUGUGACAGAUUGUGUUGUGUGUUUUUGAGAAAGUAAAGUAGCAGCAUGGACCUGGUGAAGAUUGCAGUGUCCUUCCACAUCAUUCUAUGUCCUGCAUGGACCUCAUCCCAUCACUCUUACAUGGACAGCAUCCUCUCUACCCACUCAGCUCUCAGAUUGCUGGAUGAGCCAUUGAGGUUUGACCCCUGUUGUCUGAUGUCACCACCUCCGCCGCCGCUAUUCCCUCCUCCACCUAAGCUUUGGAAGAGGGGCAGCACUGAGGGGAUCAGCAUAUUAGAACCAAGCAUACAAGAAGGAGGUGUGAAGGAAAAACAAAAGCUUGUGACACCAGGAUGUUCACCUGGACCUCCAGGGCCUUCAGGACCACGUGGCCCAGAGGGUCAUAGUGGAUUGCCUGGCAUAAGAGGGCCAAAAGGGGAGAAGGGAGAAAUUGGACGUCCAGGGUCAAAGGGUCGAACUGGAGCUCCAGGCCUUCCAGGGAAACCAGGGCAACCAGGCUGGCCUGGUCCAGAGGGGCCAAAAGGUGAGAAGGGAGAUCCAGGACUCAUGGGUUUACCUGGACUGCGGGGUCCACCAGGAAUAAAGGGAUUACGUGGUUACAAAGGUGAAAAGGGGGACUAUGGUGAGCCUGGCUUAGCUGGACCAAAAGGCAACCAGGGUUCCAUUGGUUUGCCAGGGAUGCUUGGGCAGAAGGGUGAGUUGGGAACAAAGGGAGAGCCUGGUGUUCCGGGGAAGAGAGGACCUACUGGUCGCCCAGGAAAGAGAGGCAAACAGGGCAUGAAGGGCCAUUCUGGUGCUCCGGGAGUCAUGGGCCCCCCAGGAUCUCCCGGUCCUAAUGGCCUUCCUGGCCCACCUGGUCCUCCUGCGUCAGGUCUCUAUGUUGUAGGGGAGAAAGGGGAGAAGGGUCCUCCAGGUGCGCCAGGUCGUUGUGACUGUAACACCAUUCUAGGAGCAAAUAAUGCCCCUUUUGGCAGCUACACACAACGGCACGGGGCCAAUAAAGUCACUGCUAUAUAUGUAGUGAACAGUGAGGAGGAAAUGGGCCGUCUACAUGUAGAUAAUGCUAUGGCAUUCAGGAAGGAUCAGAGGAUGUUGUACUUUAAUGACAAAGGUGGAUGGAGUCCCAUACAGCCUUUCCAGUCUUUCCAGUCUACUGAGACAAUCCCAGACAGAGUCGGUGUCUGUGGAGAUGGAAAGGUGCAGGCCCAGCAUGGAGAGGAGUGUGACGAUGGGAACCAGAUUGUUACUGAUGCAUGUUUCAGAAAUGCUGUACUGGCAUCACUGAAAACAGGCUGCAGUGCCAAAGAAAUUAGUAGCGUCUCCUUGCCUCCCUCCCUCCCUCCCUCCCUUGUUUUCUCCUACCUCUGCCUAUACGUUGUUAGUCUUCUUCCUUUGGCUUUUGCAGACUGUAAGUGGGCCUACUGUGGAGAUGGCUACCGCCAUGAAGGCAUGGAGGAAUGUGAUGGAAAGGACUUUGGUUAUCAGACCUGCAAAUCAUAUCUUCCUGGGUCCUUUGGUCAGCUCAAAUGCACCGAAUUCUGCCUCAUUGAUUCUACUGGCUGCAAGUACUUCACUUGAAUUUAAUAGUUUAGAAAUGGCCACAGUGUAUGUUUGCACUUUCUCUUUCUGAUCAUGGGGAUUAUACUUCAGAUUUCCACUGAAGUCUCACCCAUUUGUAAUUAUCGAUGGAUUGAAAGAAUGUACUAAAGAUAAUCUCUUGCUCUGAGCCAUGAAAGUCAUGGAAGUCAGUUUUAAAUCAACUGUACCCACUUGAGAUGAGUUUCCGGUUGAGCAGCUCCUUUCUACUGUCACCUCAUUGGCUGCAGCACUGUUACGGACUCUAAAGAUGGGGAACGGUUUAAUAAUUGUAUCAAAUGAAAUCUUACAAUGUUUAUGACUUGCUGACUGUUAAUGCAGAAAUAAGCUAAGUACUCCUUAAUACAAGGGUAAAAAAAAGCCUUUUGCAAAGAGGCAGUUUAGCUAUAGAUACUGUGGUAUGCAUUUCAGGGGUGUGUGGAUGUGUCUAUUCCUGUGCAAUGUAUUUCAAAACAUAUAUUUAUUAAGUGCAAUGUUGUGAUAAUGCAUGUUAAUGUGUUUUAGUGCACAACAGAUUGUUUAACCAGUGCUGUAACAGUACAAGCCAAGUGGUAGCCCACUAGAAGGGAAUGUGUGGAUAAAACAGAAGAAAAAUGAAUGUCAUUAAAAAAAAAAAAGUACCUGUUAUUACUGAUGAAGCAUGAAGUUACACCACAAUGACUAAAUAAGUUUACAAAGAUGUGAUGCGUCUAUCAUUUUCAUGCAUGGCUGUAAAUCAAAUAAAAUACAGUACAUCAAUAAAGAGCUGCGAUCAAAAGUGA